GGCAAAUUGGUUUGUAAAGAUUAUUUUAUGAACACAAAGAAUCCAAGUCUUCAGAGUAUCUUGAAUUAAAAUGUUCUGUUUCUUUUUGGUUCACAAUAUUCUGCAUAAUUCACUUUGCUCCAGGUUCCUAUAAUAUUUGAUGAUGACAAUUAUGGAUGCAGAGCCAUCAGUGAUGUAAAAUCAAGGAAGAGCUGAGGACUUCAAUUGAAUUUAAUUAUGCCACCAUGCCAACAGGCAUUUUCAGCACGUGGGAUUACAAAAUCUUCAAAGCGGAGCAAGCUCUCAAUAGCAAGCUGAAAAAGAACUCCUAUCACCCUUUCGUUCUGAAGAGGCACAACGUACUGGUGAUGGAGUACCUGCACGAGGACCUGUGGAAGGGCGUGCUGCUGCUGGUCGCCUCCGUCGUCGGCAACGCGCUCUACCUCAGCCGAGACGUCAAGGACUUUCACCAGUACGCUGGCUACCUGGUGUUCUGCCUGUGCCUGGCACUGUGGCUCAUUGCCUCCAGCUCCUUCCGGAGGAAGCUGGUGGUCGACCACACCGCGGGCGCCUACAGGUUCUACAUCCACGGGCGCCUCCGGCACCAGGGCCCUCUGCACCAGAUCUACAUCCGCAUGAGGGCGCAGAAAAGUGGCCAAGGUCGUCUCCUGUACAAACUCAUCCUACACGGCUACAAACUAGAAGAACAACAGCUGAGUGGAUUUUGUGAAAAAUAUGAGCUGUUGGAGAUACUAGGGAGAAGAAUGGCCUCAAAGCUCAAUAUCAACUACUUUGACUACCAGGACGUUUCAACACGGCAUCUUGUCAACCAGUGGCCCAAGCGUCACACCAUCGCGGAGGAGAAGGCAGCGCCAGUGUAGAGAGCAAGUAACAACUGCAAUUUAGGGCUGUCCAUGGAACAAUUCUUCUACAAUUUCUGCUCAUUUUUAAGCACAGGAAUCCAUCUGACUGAACUCAGUUCUCUCAAAAUUUUAAAAAACAAUUUAAAACACUUAUCACUGAAUUUAUAAAUAAAAUCAGACGACAAGAUAGCAGUUAACUGGGCAUAGAAAGACUUCUCAAAAGCAAAGUGAUUUUAAUCCUAAAAAAGGCAAAACAGAAACUAAUGGAAUGUAGCAUUUACAACCGAAAAAACUCAAAAAAAAAUAUGGCACAAAUCAUUAGCUUAACUUAAUCAUUGCACUGGAGUUCACAAACUCUAACGUAAGAAAACAAAAAAACAAAGUAAAAAGCACAUGAAUGUAUGGGGGCCACUCAAGAAGAAGUAUAUCAGAAAACCGUUUGGUCAGUUUUUUUGUUUUACUUUUGGACAUUUUUUUCUUGUAAAAGAUAAAAAAAUGAAUUCCAAACA